AUGCCCCCGAGGUGGGAUGGCGAAUCCAAAGAGACCCUGUUUGAGAUAGUAUCGCGGUGUUUGCCAUUACACGCUUGGAGCACCCCUCACGCACUGGUUCAACAGAUCCUCCUUCAAUGUCUCAGGUUACCUGAUGAGUUUGAACAGUCAGGUCUUGGAUAUCACAUCUUGGAUAUCUUUGAGAGCUGGAUAGCGAAACAGGAGAAUGAAGAAGUGGGGCUUUUUAAGGAUUUUCGCCAAUUCGUCGAAGACCAUGACACCGACAGAGAGAACCACGGAUUGGAUCAUGAGUCUCUCAAAAUCGGAGGAGAGGUUCAGAUCAUUUACGAGCUUAAAGACGUUCUGGGAGAGCUUGCCAUCCUAAAGCAACUAUUUACGAAUCAGAAGGAGAUUGCCGAAAGGUACCACAGCACAUGUCCGCAGGGCGACGGGAGCAUAUCUUACGAGACUUUUAUCCAGCAGUCCCGGAUUCGAGCCUUUAUUGACCGGGUCGAUAGACUUGAAGCCAACGCCACCAGAGUUCUCGCAGCGGUGGAUCAUCUCGUCAGUGUCAAACAAGCUCAGGGCUCUUUUAUUGUGUCGAAACUCGCCAACAUCGAAGCCGUGAAGUCCCGCCAACUGAACAACUACGUGUUGCUUCUUACCGCCGUUACUAUCGUUUUUACACCUUUGGCGUUUAUGCUCGCCCUCUUCGCAAUAUCGAUUGAAGGUUUCCCGCAUGACGAUACCGGAGAGCCUUUUUAUAGGUCUUCCUGGAUUACAGGUCGAUUGUUUGCUGGGGAGUUGGUCAGUCUUUUUGCGAUAUCUUUAGGCUUUUUGGCGAUAAAGAAUGCAAACAAAAGAGAUGAGGAAAAUCUCAAGCAGCGGCUGAGCAGGGAAAACUCCAUUGUGCUCGCAGUUCGAGGCAUACUAGAAGGUCUCCGUCAAAUGGUUCAUCCCUCGCCUGCACGCUCUGCACAGGAUGCCCAAGGCGACCAAAACACCAACAAUGGAGUAGCUCAAACCGAUGAGGUCCCUUUGGCCGACAACAACGGUGGAGGAACUGAAGCUACCGGGGAGGUCCCUCCUGCUCGGGAAAGUCCUCCACAGCUUAGGCAACGCGGAGCAUGGAGACCGCUGCGUGGUGGACAGCAGGGUGAACCAGACUUGGAACUUCAGGAGGUACCUAGGUAGUUUUUCAGGACAGCGACAACUUACCUGAACCACAGUGGGAGCUUCGAGUGAUUAGUCUGAGUGAAACCUAAAGAUCACAGCCUUGGAGGUAACGCGGUGAAAAGAACAGAGAGGGACAGCAAAUUGAGUUGAGUGUUUCGGGUUUCUAGGCACCUUCACCACGAUAAUAAUUGAGACAC